AUGCCCGACACCGCCAAAACACCGUACCCCUUCCAGUUUGCGGCUUCCCUAGAAAUGACGUCACCGCCAAACACGCGGGGUCGGAUCCCCUCCCUGCAAACCUCGCGCCUCCGAACGAUGAUGCUCGAAGCUUACAGCGAUCCAACAAAGAUCCUUGCCUUUCCAUGCAGCUACGAUGGCUUGUCCUCCCGACUUAUCGAGGAAGCGGGUUUUCCUAUGCUCUUUCUAUCAGGAUUCGCGGUCUCGAGCGCACACGGCCUGCCGGACACAGGGUACAUCGCGAUGGCGGAGAUGUGUGAUAAGAUUCAGGAGACAGUAAGGGUUACUUCUCUGCCUGUGAUGGUUGAUGGAGAUACAGGAUAUGGGAGCCCGAUGAAUGUGAAGCGCACGGUCGAGUCCUUUGCUGCUGCUGGGGCUGCCGGUGUUAUGAUUGAGGAUCAAACAUGGCCGAAGAGAUGCGGGCACACGAAGGGCAAGUCAGUCGUCUCUCGAGGAGAGGCUUACGCUCGAAUCCAAGCCGCCUGCGACGCUCGAGACGAAGGACGCGAUAUCUUUAUACUUGCUCGGACGGACGCAUUGAUACAUGGAUGGGAUGAGGCAAUGGCACGGGCGCACGAGUUCAAACGGAUUGGUGCUGACGCUGUGUUCGUGGAAGCACUGCCGGAUCGCGAUGCCAUGGCGCGCUGCGUCCAGGAACUUCAGAUCCCAAUGCUCGCGAACAUCAUCGAGGGUGGUAUGACAGAGAACCUCUCCGCCAAAGACCUAGCAGGAUUGGGAUUUGCAGCAGUUGCGUAUCCUUGGACACUGGUCGCGGCAAAGCUAAAGGCCAUCCGUGAUGCGCUCGAAGGGCUCAAGCGAAGCAUGGCCGAAGGAGGACCACCGCCAAUGAUCAUGGGGUACUCUGAUGUCUGUGAAGGCGUGGGAUUCAACAAGUACUGGUAUGAAUUUGAUAGCGACGGACUAGUUAACAAAAACUCGUAG